AUUCAGCUUCCGGUAUGUACACAGUGAAAAGGGGACGCCCCAUUCUGAUGAGAUGAAGUAAAGAUAUAAGUGCUCAAAGGAGGAGAUUUAUUAGUUUUAGUUGUUAAAGUGUAAAUUAUUUCGCUUCAGUUCAUGCAAGAUGGAGAAAAAGAAAGGAGCUAAAGACCGAUGACCUGAAACGUAUUUUCAUCACUAUUAUACAGUACCUUUGUUGCUGAUGUUACAUCCAUUCCGCUUUUACAAUGGCAACUUUGAACUUCAUAGAGACAUAAUAUCGAGCAACGUAUGUGCAUCCUUAAAACCCCCACCAUCAGCAAUAACUUGAUUAAAUAAGUAAGCCAUAUGCUUGCUUAUUAUCCUGUUAUAUUUACAACCCCAAACGGGAAGGGGUGCAUUGUGGGAACAUUAGAUGGAAACUGCAGUUUCUAUGACAUCAUAGAUAAACGGCUGCAGAGCGGCACACACACGAGUGUAAUGAGCAGAAAGAAAUGGCCAAGUCGAAUAACCGGAUUCCAGUUCUGCCCCACCGACUCGAGGAAAGUUAUAGUUUCAUCCGCGGACUCACAAGUCCGGGUUCUUUGCGGAAUCAACGUUGUCGGGAAAUUCAAAGGUAACCGGCAUUCAGAACAUAGAGCAACGACUGGAAACGCCUCUUAGACGCCUUAGAUUGAGAAAGGUACAGUCUUUGAGACAUAUUAUUGUUUUGAAUUUGCAAAAAUAUGAAACAAAAGUUAUCAAAUGAUGAUUAUGGUAUGGUUUUGGAGUUUUUUCCCAAUCAUGCGUGUGCUACUUAAGCAAUCCUCCCAUUCUAAUGAACUGUCCAGUCGAUAGCUGGCCUAAGUUAUCUGCCCUUCAAGAAUUUUUCAAAAACUUUUCUUACAGCUCAAAGGUUAGCUAACAGUGACAGUGGCACGAUCUGGACAGCUCACCAACAGUUUGGCGAGGCCUGAAUGUUUUGGUUAUAAUUUGGAUACGAUACUGUAACUUGGGUAAAAUAUUAAUUUUGAUUGUUU